GCGAAUUUAGUAAUGAUAAACGAUGUCUGUAUUUCUGUUGUUGUGUGGGUGUGGGUUUAUUGCACGGAAUAAAAAUUAAUAAAGCUAUGUAAUUUGUUAUCAAAAUGUGCUCUAAUAACUGUGUUAAUGUUGUUGAGCUAGAUUAUGUUGUGCUAAAGCUAAAUGGCAGCGACAUUACAUCAUUGUCUAGCUAUGAUGCGGUUCAAAUGUUCCUUCAAGCUAAAGAAACCCUAGUAGUUGAAUUAUGCCGAAAGCAAAAUCCCAUCACCUCCGACGACAUGCAGGAGGAUGAAAUUUGUGCAAAAUUGAAAAGUGUUCAAGUAUCCAAUGCAAGAGCAGCCAGUGCCUCAGAAAAUGUUAACUUCAAUUCUUUGCCGACGUCCCCUCUGUCAUUAGUGUCAGCAAAAAAUCAAAUCAUUUUAACAUUACGAACAUUUCAAAACAGUGAUCAAACCGAGCCAGUAUUAAAGGAGAAGAAAAUGCUGGACAAGUCUGUUGCAUUCAAUAAAACUAACAAAAAAGUUGAUCACAAUGAUGAUAUAGCGCAAACAAUAGCCGAUCACUUUAUCGAACAAGAACAUCAUCUGUUUGAGCAGUGUUUGGAGCCGGAGAUCGACAUCGAGGAAGUAACACUAGUGAAAAGAGAUUCAACUAACGAUCAAAUUGGGCUUACUGUUUGCUGCAAUAACUUCUACAAUAACAGAGAUUGCGAGGAAAGUAUUAUAAAGCCUGUGAUAUGCAACGAGAAUACGAAUGCAGACUCAAUAACAGAUGAUGCGGGUGCGGAUACUGAUACCGAUGGUGAUGGCGAUGGGGAUGGCGAUGCCUGUGAUGAUGUUUUCAUAAGCGAUAUACAGCCGGAGAGCGUUGCCGAGCGUGACGGUCGACUUCGUCGUGGCGAUCAAAUUCUCCGUAUCAAUGGCAUAGACAUCAAGAGUAAAAAACAUGCCGAAACCCAAAUAGCGGAAAAUUCUACGGCUGUAACAUUGCUCGUCAGUCGACUUCUAUAUCCCGAAGAUGACGACGACGACGACGAUGAGGACGAUGAAGAGAUCGAUAGUCACUUUGAAUAUGCCAAUAGCAUUCUAUCUGAUGAUUACACAAAUGUCGUUGAUAAAUUGGACAAAAAUCUUGUAACGCAGCAACUGACAGAACAAGCGCCGAAACCUAUUAAAUCUAUCAUACAACCAACUUUUAGUGGCUCUCAAACUAUGUCAGAAAAGGCGAAAAACAAAGGACAAACAUAUAUUACUGCCAUAGAGAAGAUUUGUAUUGAGAAGGUGCGACUACCGACCCAAGAAACGGGUUUAAAACAAAUAACAGAAAAAAGCCUUCCAAGAACAACAAUAGCUAGUAAACAAUAUGAUUAUGAUGAUUGCGAGCAUAUUUAUGAAACAAUACCUGAGGAUUCAGAAUCAGAGCCCCUCUAUUGCUCACCAUAUCAAAGCUCUAACUAUAUGACCGCAAUGGGGUCUUGCUCAUCACCAAUGAUGGCCGAGACGGAUGUUUUAGAAAUGCAACAGCAAACGCAGCGUGUGGCCCAAUGGUUGGGCAUCAAAUCACAGAUCAAUCCGAGAUCCGUGCAUACCCUUGCUGGCCGUCCAAACUUAUACCAGAAACAGCAGCAUCGAAUAUCGAAUCGAGUGUAUACGCUACGUAGUGCUAUAACGAACACCAGUGGAUCAAGCAGUAGUGGAGCUAACUACAGUUCAACUAACGUUGACAACGAGAAUAAAUGCAUUAAUCAACAGCAGGAGGAAGUGGAAAACUCUUCAAGUGCCUAUAAUACAGGUGGCUCCAAUAACAGUGCUUCACCUCACCAAAAUAUCACAAAUACAGAGAACGAAUCAAUGUUAAAUGCAACGGUAACUGCUAAUGCAGGUCCUAACAAUCCAAAUAGCUCCUUUCAGUCUGUUUCGACGGCUCCGAUGUUAAUGCUGCCAUUUGGAAAGUCUGGUCGCAUAGUCUGCUCCCAAUAUAAUUCCGAAACUCCUACAGUAAAUAAGGCUUCAGCCGACGAGCUAAAUCUUUUCGCAUCAGCAACAUCUAAAGUAGACGCUAAAAUAAUGCGACCCAAACCAAGCGAAGAACUGCAAAGCCAAUGCCCGCAAUUUAACGCUCCCAACUUGAGUCGCUACCACUUUGUUAGCAGUCAAGAGGUCGCAAAUAAAAGUCUUGCUCCAAAGGCAAGUUCCAUUUUAGUAGCAACGGAAAAUGUGUCGGACGAAAUUCCCAUGGUGUGGAAAGUAAAACGACGCCCUGAUGGAACACGAUAUAUAGUUAAGCGGCCAGUAAGAAAUAAUGUAAGCAUGGGUAUUCGAAAGAAUAUACGGAACAAUGAAAUAACAACCGAGGAUGAUACAAUAUCUGAGGUUAAGAUUGGACGUUAUUGGACUAAGGAGGAAAGGAAACGACAUAUAGAACGUGCCCGCGAACGUAGGCAUCAUCAGCAAUUUCUUCAUCAACAACAACAACAACACCAGCCGCAACAACAGCAACAAUAAACCAAAAUAUGCUUAACUUUACAGAAUUUUCAACCUGUAGAAAAAGAUAAUAUAUGCGUAUCGAAGAUUCCAGGUUUCAAAAGCGUCGCAUAUAUAUAUAUUAUCGGACAUAUUAGUUACGAUGUAAAAUGUAUUAUUCUUGAGCAAAAGUAGCUUAUCACAACAAAGCCAAAAAUGCAAGUAGUGAAAAAGUUAAUGAUUUUUAAAAAGUCGUCAAA